AUGUGCUCUUUCCAAUAAACAAAAGGCACAGUUUGUGGUAUAAAAGAGGAUUUAAACCAAUGCACUUUAGAGUCAGAUUGUCCAUGGCAGAAUGUGUGUAAGGAUGUGAAGAAUGUGUUUGCUUGUGAGGUAAGAUUAAUUAGUGUUUGUUGGCUGGCUUCGUCGUCUGCAUAAGUAGAAGCACGUGUUAGUUCUCACCCAGCUGGAUUUACCCAGAUAUUGUGUGUUGGGAGGGAACCUAUGCUAGCUUUAAUGAGUAUGAGUAACACUGGGGGAAAGGGGAUAAGAGAGCGGACCUAAAGCUCCACUAAUAUCUUAAUAAACAAGAGCGGUACACAGUCAACAGGAAACUAGAAGUUGGUCUAUGGAUUCACUUUGAGGUCACCAAUGAUGGAAUGGAGGGACCUCCCUCUGGUGAGAUGCCACCUGUAGAGAUAUUCUCAGCUCCACACUCCCUCUGUGACAGACAGACUGACCUCAUCGUGCUAGACAUGCUUAGGACUCUUCCAAAGAAUUUAUGUCACUGUUCACAGAUCUGCAUAUUCUGGACAGUUCCAGUUCCUGGAUCUGAACUGUGAUGAAAGCUUUGGUCUGUACUGGAUCAGGAUAGUGACGUGGGUCCAAUGUAGAGGACUUCUACCUGUGGCCUGUCAGCUGUGGUACAACCACAAAGACAUUUUCUUCUAGCUUCUCCUGAGAGGAAAGCAAUGCAGGAGAGUUUGUUCCUCGUGUGACGCCUCGGACUCCAGCCCUGGAAGUAACCAUGAUAUCCACGGCGAUCAAAUGGGUGAUGCUGAUUGUGUUCAUCGUGCUGACAAUCGGUGGAAACGUGCUGGUCUGUCUGGCCGUCGGCACAAGCCGCCGGCUCCACCGGAUCUCCAACUGCUUUGUGGUGUCUCUGGCCGUGACCGACCUGCUGCUGGGCCUGCUGGUGCUCCCCAUCUCGGCCACGCUGGAGCUGCGCGACGGCCACUGGCCAUUCGGGGGUGCCCUCUGCAACAUCUACAUCUCCAUGGAUGUGAUGCUGUGCACUGCGUCCAUCCUCAGCCUGCUGGCCAUCAGCGUGGACCGCUACCUGGUUAUCUCGGCGCCACUGCGUUACCCGAGGCGGGUCACUCCUCCCCGGGUGGCCGCCGCCAUCACUGCCAUCUGGACAACUUCGCUGACCGUGUCGUUUGUGCCCAUCCACCUGGGCUGGAACACGUGGAACUUUAGCGUACAGAACGCAGACUGGCAAAUCAACGACGAGAAGGAGGAGUGGAGCUGCCGCUACGAGUGGAAUAACAGCUACGUGCUCCUGGACUCCUUUGGCACUUUCUACCUCCCCCUGCUGGUAAUGUGUGGGAUGUACCAUCGUAUUUUCCGCGUGGCCCGUGAACAGGUGCGGCGCAUUCGCGCGGCCACGCCCUCCUUCGCCCGCUCGGCCUCUGCCGCCGCCACGGCCCGGGAGCACAAGGCCACCGUGACCCUGGCGGCCGUCCUGGGGGCCUUUGUCAUCUGCUGGGCCCCCUACUACACCUACUUCACCUGCAUGGGCAUGAGGGCUGAAGCCGACCCGCCUGAGAUCGUCCACUCGGUGGUGCUGUGGCUGGGCUACUUCAACUCGGUGCUGAACCCCAUCCUCUACCCGGCCCUGAACCGUGACUUCCGCCGGGCCUACGGCCAGCUGCUGCGCUGCAGGGGGGGCCAUCAGCGGCCCUCCGCCACCUCCGUGUGCGUGGCCCUGCAGAAACGAGCCGACACCUCCAACGGACACCAGAUCGUCCAUGACAAGAGCGUGCUGCCAGAGGACACCCAUCUCAAUGUGCUAGAGGGAAACGGAAAUCUGACUGACCAGACAAGGUUAGGCACUACUUCGAACCUAGUGUCAGUCUUAGAUUUACAAGGCAAAUGUGCAUUCACAAAAUGUUUUUUGAAGUGCCAAAUUGGCACUGAUUGGCUGAUUUCCAACUGUAGAUCUAUUAAAUCACCAUAAAACACACAUAACAAGUUCCUGUUGCUAUCUAUUGACAGUCCAGGAUCAUGUCCUUGAUUAUGUGAGCGCUAACUGAGUGAUGUAUUUAGCGAUUGUGUAUCAAUGUAUGUGCUUAUAUUGAUUUUCCAAGGCAGUCACACGUAUAGGUAUCUUACAAUGAUAGAAAUGUGUAAAUGUGUAUUACGUACAGUACAUUUAAAUAUUUUAAUACUGAAGUACCUCACAUAGAAAAGUGUAUAUAUAUAUAUAUAUAUACACUCUUCAAGAAUGCAGCAACAGAUGAAGGAGUGUGAUGCAGAAGCUUCCACCUUUCAACUUAUUCCCCCACCCACAUUCGAGCAUUAUUGCCUCUGUUAACUUUGUUCAAUUGUUUCAGGUCUUAAACCUACCUUCUCCCUGAUGUCUACCUGGUGGCAGGUGAGACACACAGAAAUAUACCAAAGGUGAGAGAAACAGACAUAAUUAAACAGAGACAGACAGACAGACCUGAGGUGAGAUGUGAAUAAUGACAGUGUGUUGUGUGAAGCAUUGUGUGGAAAAGAGAGCAGGGAAAUGCAUUGUGUUGAGGAUCAGAGGAUAGUAAGUGGGAUUUUUCUCUGGCUUGAUAAGUACAAGACUGAGCUCCAGUGGUGCUUUCCUAUGAGCAGUGGGUACUGCAAUAUGCAUAAGCCAUAUGGAUAUACAGCAUGGAAUUCUCUUGAUUUAUGUACAUUUGGA